AAUUAACUGUUCAGAUUUUGCUAGGAUCACUGAUGGGUGACAAAACAAGAAUGCAAGAACUUUCACGAGACCUGAAUGCUUUUAUACGUCCUUCGCCGACCAGUGGACAUUUGGGUGGUGUCACUCGUUCCACAAAUGAGGCCAUAAUUAUGUGCGAAACAGCUGGUUACAAGACGGUUUUCAUUGAAACGGUUGGUGUAGGACAGUCUGAAUACGCCGUAGCCGAUAUGGUCGACAUGUUUGUUGUUCUGAUUCCGCCGGCUGGAGGAGACGAACUUCAGGGGUUGAAGCGCGGUAUAAUGGAGCACAGUCACCUGGUAGUUGUGAACAAAGCCGAUGGAGAUUUGAUGGAAGCCGCGAUGAGAAUGCAGUACGAAUAUACUUCAUCGAACAAGUUCAUGCGACCAAUAUCACCGAAUUGGCGGCCGAAAGUCAUGAAAGUCUCUUCGCUAACCAAGGAAGGACUGCCCCGAGCUGUGGGCCGUCAUGCAGGAGUUCCAUCAGACCAUGUUGAGAACGGGCGAGCUACUGGAAACGCGUCGCAAGCAGCAACGCGUUUGGAUGUGGAACUACAUCACUCAGCAUAUCAUGCAGGUGUUUCGCGAGGAUCCCCGAGUGAAACUAGCUCUUGCCAAUGGGUCUUGAUCUACUGGCGCAUUAUAAAGAAAUGCAAGUUAUCCGCUUAUAGCCGGAGGGCAGCAGCUGGCGUUACGACUGGAGUUUUCCGUUUUCCCUUUUUUAUAUUAGCAACUUGAUCCUGUUAGCCCGAGGAGCCCUGCUGGUGUGUUGAGAAGGAAUAAUUUCAUUCAUCGUUUCAAUUAGAAAGACGGAAUCAAAAUUUUCUUCUCGUGGAAACACUGGGAAACACCGAGAAUAAUAGAACCAAAAUAAAAGCUAUGACUAGGAAAACAGUAAAAGAUAUUCAACUAAAUAUCAGCAGAUAUAUGGCCAAGAAAAUUGUUGUUUUUCUUUUUUUCUUUAUUCAUUUAGUCUAAUACGUUAAAUCUAUGAUGAAAAAUUG